AUGCGCAAAGCGUCCCGUCACCCCAUGCUGAGCUCCAUGGCCAACUCCGGCUGCCUGCUGCUCUCCGGCUCCGGGAUGCUACCUCACUCGCUCCAGUGUCCCCCUGCUUUCCUCUACCUGCCCGAGGGUAACCAAGAGGCCACCAAUCCCCCAGAAGCGAUGGCCCAGCCGUACACCCCAGCCCAGUACCCCCCUCCCCCACAGAAUGGCAUCCCUGCAGAGUUCGCGGCGCCGCACCCGCUCCCGACGCAGGACUACACCGGGCAGAGCCGGGUUCCUGAGCACGCCAUGACCCUGUACACUCCCACACAGACGCACAGCGAGCCGGCCGGCACUGACAACAGCACGCCCGCCAUCACCGCCACCACGACCGCACCGACAGAUGACGUGACGCAAACAGAGGGCUCUCAGCAGCUCCAGCUCCAGCACUCAGACUCUUCAGAGAAGCAGCAGCCCAAAAGGUUACAUGUCUCCAACAUUCCCUUCCGCUUCCGGGACCCUGACCUAAGGCAAAUGUUUGGGCAAUUUGGAAAGAUUUUAGAUGUGGAGAUUAUCUUUAAUGAGCGAGGAUCCAAGGGCUUUGGGUUUGUAACUUUUGAAACAAGCACAGAUGCUGAUCGUGCACGGGAGAAACUAAACGGUACAAUCGUAGAGGGACGCAAAAUAGAGGUGAACAAUGCAACAGCACGAGUGAUGACAAACAAAAAAGUGGCCAACCCUUACACGAAUGGCUGGAAGCUGAAUCCAGUGGUAGGAGCUGUCUAUGGUCCUGAACUGUAUGCCGUAACAGGGUUUCCCUAUCCUGCCACAGGCGCUACAGUGGCCUAUAGGGGUGCCCACUUGCGGGGUCGGGGGCGGGCUGUGUACAACACGUUCCGCACAGCUCCACCACCGCCACCAAUCCCAGCUUACGGAGCGGUGGUGUACCAAGAUGGCUUCUAUGGUGCAGAGAUCUAUGGUGGAUAUGCAGCAUACAGAUUUGCCCAGCCCACCACCACCGCUGCUUACAGUGACAGCUAUGGCAGAGUCUAUGCAACAGCAGAUCCCUACCACCACACGAUUGGCCCUGCCGCCACAUACAGUGUGGGGACUAUGGCUAGCCUAUACAGAGGAGGGUACAGUCGCUUCACUCCCUACUAA